CAGACAGACAGACUUUUAGAAUGYAUAUACGUAUUCCUUUCAGGAAUUCGUGAAAAGUUUCCUGUGGGAGGGGAGGCGGGGGUAUAUAACAACUACAGUAUUAAUAGUGUUAUUAAUUAGUUGUACGUUAUUUAUUAACUAUUCCUAAAAAACACGUACUAUAUGUGUGUCGACUAUAUGAUAGGUUCGCCAGUGACGUCAUAUUCGGCUCACGCAUACAUUUAAGCCAUUUUCCAGUCAAUUAUCAAUAGCUAGUCCUGUCGGCCGACUGUCGGGUCGAAGAUUUUUUUUUUCACAGUCGGUGUUACCGAUGUUUGACCAUAUAGUUGAUACAUAACUCAAUUUGAUCGACACUAGUAUAUCAAACAACCAAAUAUCCACUAACUGUCUGUGCUGUUGCUGGUAUACUAAACUUAUGUAUAGUUUUGCAUUUUAAUUGCAUUACACUAUCCAUACUAUCAAUUGACUGACCAAAACUACUGGUUCCCCGUUUAUUAGAUAAUUAAGAGAUGAAUCAUUGGUGAUAUAUAAAAGAUACGAUUAUUCAAACAAUUAUUAUUGAACUAAACUAUAGUUGUGUCCAAUAAUACCACUACCACUACAACUACCAUAACUAUCAUACAUAUUAUACAUACAGAUAAUUGUUUGGAUCAGUAAAUUAUAAGACAGGAUCAGGUAUUUAUCACCAAAAAAACAUUUGCACCGAUUAAAGGCAAUGGGCCCGAGAGAGGCACCUGAGAAUUGGGACUACGGUUUCCCUGAUUUGGCUGACAUAGAAAACAAUAACAAUGCCGGUAUGGCAGCCGCCGGUGCCGCCGCAGCCGCUGCUGUAAACAAUGCCAACGAACAGUUUGUCGCCGAUAACAAUGGUAUACCUGAGAUCGGGAUUCCAGUGGCCGGUAUUCAUCCCCCGCCGCCACCACCUCCUCCUCCUUUCCCGCAAAUUAAUCAAACAAUUGAUAUACCAGAGAUUCAAGCAGCCAUUGACGCUGCCGUCGGCAACCCGGCUAACGUAGAAGUGCCACAAAUUAUAAGAGAUGCUGUAGCACAGGUAGUACAACACGAGGCCAACAACAACAACCAGGCACUGCCCUACGCUAUCUAUCGAUUGGAUAUUAAUCGUCCGGGUUAUCUGCUAUACAUAGCUGUGCCAAUUGGUGGCCAUAUGGAUUAUAAUCCCUGGCCUCGUAUACUAGUCCUGCAAACCGUUGACUAUGUUCAACCAAUUGUACUGUAAUAUUAGUUCCCGAUACUACCUGUGCCAAUAUACUAAUAUACAGUUACAUCUAAAUAUUUAACUUAAAAAAACAAAACACUAUCAAAAACUUACUAUAUGUU